AGGAUGGAAGCGAUGUCACUUGUGGUUUCCUCUCAGAGGAGACGGUCACAUUUGAGAGACUAAAAAAAGAAAGAAAAAGAGUUAGACAGGUUUUACCACAGUGGGCAUAAAUGAUUCUGUUGUCUAACAGAAAGAGAAAGAUGGGAGGGGAGAAAGCAAAUCAAACUAAAUGAGAAGCACAGAUCCUGUCCACCAUUCCUACUCCAUCUCCAGGUUUUCAGUGUGGCUGUGUUUCAGUAGAUCAGUCAGAGCGUGUGUGGAGCGUGUGUGUGUCUCCUGCGCUGUGCUGCAGUAGAGAGCCCUUCGCUCAGCCAACUGCUACUUCUCUGUGGAGGGCAUCGCAUCCUCCCUGCCUUUUUUUUGUUUGUCUUUCCUCACGUUUUUUUAAAUCAUGCUUGGAGUGCCUGAAUGAAUGCAGACGGACCGAGAGGGAAAGGACGAGACUAUGUGUGUGACAGAAGAGCAAAGCGUGCUGCAGUGAGUCAAACAGAAAAGAGUGAGAGCUCUCCACACCCAUGACCGUGUGCCUGUCUGUGAUCGAGUUAAACACAGCCAAACGGACUCGUUCAUCACCUGACAGAGUCACAGUGCACAUUGUGUGGUGAGACCGAAGGUCCUCUUCAAUCAAGAUGGACUUGGGCAUCAUUAUGGUGUGUGCUGACCUGAGCUAAAGAUCUCCUCAUGGAUCAGCUAGAUUCAUGGUCUCCACCGCUGUACUUCGAUGAAGACAGCUACCCCUCCCCUCCCAGGAAUAUGAAAGGUUUAUCAAGCGGUCGUCCUCAGCUCACCUUCACAUCAGGACACACCUGUGGGCUGCCAGACUGCGAUCAGUCCCUCGACCACUUGCAGCAUGUCGGCCCCGAUUCCCGCUCUUCCUAUCUGCUCAGCCCGACCGAGAGCUGCCCUCUGGAUCCACACCGCUGCUCACCCCGCAGCUCCAUCCACUCAGAGUGCAUGGUGAUGCCCGUUUCUAUGGCAUCUGACCACGUUUCCAGCAGCACCUUUCCCAGAAUGCACUACAGUUCACACCACGACGGCUCGAGAGACGAUGGCUCCACUUCCCAUGGUGGCGGCAGCAGUGGAGGGGUCGGUGUUGGCGGUGGGGGUGGCGGGUCUGGGAAGAUGAAUCGUAUUCCUGCGAACCUACUGGACCAGUUCGAGAAGCAGUUGCCGAUUCACAGAGAUGGUUUUCACACGCUGCAAUACCAGCGCACGUCUGCAACCACCACAAGCAGCGAGCAGCGCAACGAGAGUCCCGGGCGCAUCCGCCACCUGGUGCACUCUGUCCAGAAGCUCUUCACCAAGUCCCACUCGCUGGAGGGGUCGUCCAAGAUGAACGGCACCAAGGGAGACUCUCGCUCAGACAGUGGACACCACCACCACCACCAUCACGGACACCACCAUGGGAACCACAAACACAGCAAACGGAGUAAGAGCAAGGAACGCAAGUCAGACUCCAAGCAACGCUCAGGGAUAGCAGGCUGGUGGAGUUCUGACGACAACCUGGACAGCGACAGCACCUACCGGACUCCCAGCAUCAUGAGCCGCCACCACGGAGAUCAUAUCACUCACUGUUACCCGGACACAGGCCAUGGGCACUUUGGCGACCUUUCGCUCAAGACCUCCAAGAGCAACAAUGACGUGAAAUGUUCAGCGUGCGAGAGCAUCGCUAUGGCCCCCGAGGGCAAAUUUAUGAAGCGCAGCUCGUGGUCAACACUGACUGUCAGCCAAGCUAAAGAAGCCUACCGCAAAUCUUCCCUCAACCUGGAGAAACCAACCAUGCCUCAAGAUCUGAAGUCCUCCAUGAGGCCUUGUCAUUAUUUGCAGGUCCCUCAGGAUGAAUGGGGAGGGAGAGAUGAGGAGAUCCCAUGCAGAAGGAUGAGGAGCAGCAGUUACGUUAAAGCCAUGGGUGAUCAGGACAGCGGAGACUCCGACGGCAGCCCUAAAAACUCCCCACAGAAAAGCGUGCGACCCGACGCCCUCGUCAAAUCCGUGCUGCAAAGACAACUUUCAGACCAGAGCUCAUACCGCUUGGACAAGUCAAGCCGGGACAUGGUCAAAUACCUCACCAAUAUCACCGCAGAUUUAAGUCAAAGCUACCAUCUUCAUACCUCUAGGGAAAUCCAUCCCAGUAUCACACUGGAACCAUCUCCUAACUACAACUCGCCGAAGUUCCGCUCCAGGAACCAGAGCUACAUGAGAGCGGUCAGCACCCUGAGCCAGGCCAGCUGCGUCAGCCAGGUCAGCCAGGUGAGCGAGGCCGAGGUUAAUGGCCAGUUUGAGUCGGUGUGUGAAUCCGUGUUCAGCGAGGUAGAGUCUCAGGCCAUGGAUGCUUUGGACCUGCCGGGCUGCUUUAGAACACGCAGCCACAGUUACCUACGAGCCAUCCAGGCCGGAUUCUCACAGGACGAUGACUGCGUCCCCUCCAUGACAUCAUCCACUGUCACCUCCACUAUAAGGUCCACCACAGAGGGAAAUGAUGUGUUGGAAGGCACUGGUUUGCUUAAUGAGGACAAUUUUCCCAGCGAGGGGCCAGACUUAACCUCCAUGGCCCGUAGGAAUGCGGGGCUCCGUGGGAGAGGAGAUGAAUCCAGCACCCUUUAUGGUGAUAGCUCACCUACCACGACUCCCUCAUUACCCCCGCUGAAAACUAACGCGCCCAUCAGGCCACGGCCUGUUCAGUCAAGUGUCCAGGAGACAGCAGAUCUGGCCCUGGCCAUCAGCCAGCAGUGGAGGGAGGAUGUGUCAGCCAUGCGUAAAGAGUUAGCCGAGCUCAGGAAGGAUCUGUGCACAGAGCUCAGAGCUUUCAACAGGAACUUUUCCACCUUUACACAACAUUACAGCACCUGGUCACCGAACUGGGUGAGGGAAACACAGACAGCUGCUCCUCAGGUGUCUGUCAGCACGCAGGCAGGAAGCAAGACCCUGGUGCGACAGAACACAGCGGACGCAGCAGUUAACUGCCCCUCCCCGGUUGAUCCCAAUGUUUUAUCCAUGUCUCCCUCAGAACCCACAGAUAAAAAUGUCCUGCAGGUCUCAGCCUCCUCACCAUUUUUUCAAACUGACCCCAACUCGGAAUUAGCAGACAUUGACGACCCUACUUUUGCAAAUCUUACCCCUCCAGAUCCUAUUGAUGUGGCGUCGCUUUGUUGGCCUGAUCUAGAUUCAGACUCAAUGACUCCUCCAGAUCCACCAGAUCCAGUGCCAGAGGUGGAACCGUAUUGCUUUACGAAGUCAUCCACUCCUGAGCAUGUGGAAUCAGUUGUUUUAGACUUCACAAAUGUAGAGCUAGUGAACCUGGCCAGUCUGCAGUGGCCUAAACUGGAUCCAGAUGAUACUGGCUCUCCACCCCUAGAACCUCUUGAUCGUCUCUCUCAAGAAUCUCCGGAACAACCUGGUACAUAUACACCGGACCACGGUAGCAUGACUACACAGCAACAGUCAGUUCUAGAAUCCAUGCAGCCCUUGUUGCUGAGUCAUACAGACGAAGAACCUAUGGACUUCACAUCUUUAGAAAUGGACUCUGUUGUCCUGAGUCCAGUAACCCUAGAUUCUAUGAAUCUUCAAGACUUAAAAUGGCCAAGUUUAGAAUCUCUUGAGCUCAAUGUUUCUGGCUCUCAAAGCCCAUGUGCUAUAGAUCUAGCCCUGCCGAACCCUCCCACCCCAGAAUCUGUCUAUGAGUGUUCCUACGAAGCCACAGUACAAGAACCACCCCUUCCAGAACUACUGGACACCAUUUAUCUCCAACCAGCCACUCCUGAGCCUGAAUCCCGAACAGAAUCUGACAUAUCAAACCCAGCAAGUCCUGAACCUAAUUUACCUACUUGUCAAAAGCCAGGUGCACACGAACUAGACACUCAGGCUCUUGUUUUGUGGUCAAAAAGGGAAACAUUCAUGGGCUGUGCAGAAGAAGGUAGUGCUAUGAACGUCCCAGAUUCCUACUCUGAAGAAGAUAAUGGCCAGAAUGUAGGUUCUUCUGCACCCAUUAUAAAUUUCCCAAUCCAGCCAGACACUGUGGACUCUGAGACUCUCUUCUCUGCCGUUCUGUGCUCAGUUGAGUCAGAUACCUUCGAUCCUGAAGUUACUAGCAUAGAUGAACCAAUGUCACAGGAGUUGAACCCACCUGGACUUGCUACCAUAGACCCAGCAACUGUGCACCCCUUCAAUUUAUCCCUGUUGGAGCUCCAGUCAGCUUUAGAUGUAUCUAAGAGUGAAACAAGCGAUAAUGGGUCACCAAAGGGAACAGCAGCCAUAAGCAGCCCUUCUCAUUCACUAUCCGGUAGGGAUUUCCUGUGGAUUCGGUGGCAGCGGAAAGCACGCAGACGGCAGCCGAUGUCCCGGAGUGCCAGUAUGGAAAUUUACCACAAGAAAUACUCAAACAAUUCAGAGAUGUCCUAUAUGUCACUGUCACUCUGAGCUUUCCGAAAAGUGCAUGAAGCUACAUGGGGUGUGCAAUAGAUAAUCACAUGUAAUAUUUAAAGGCAGAAUACAAGACUGUUAGGUUAUGUAGCAAGAUGUUUACAGGUUUGUGUCUCUCAAUGGUGUGUGUGAUUAUAUAAGAGAGAAUGAGAAGUAGAGAGUGGGAUGGGGGUAAGAGAUUGUUACAUUUGAGGCAUGGAUGUGGUUAUGAGAGAGGUUGUAGCUAAAAGGAGUCUGAUGACAGCAAUGGCUUAUUCAGCACCUAUUUACACUGCAAAACUGGUGAGUCACCUUGAACUUCACUCCUCUCUAGGGACACUCUCUGGCUUAAGAAAGACUCAAAUGUAUUUUAGUCUGUUUUUAGGCAGAGAAUGAAGACUUCCAGUCAAGACACUCUCUCCAGUGAACUUUACAAACUACAGAGUAAACUGUAAAAUAAAUCUCUGUACGAACUGGUCUCGGAUCAACCAGAAAUUUGUACUUUGGUCAUGCUCUCUGAGAGUGGGUGGUAGAGAGAAUCCUUUUUCAGAUGGAACAAGUCAGACUAUGAACUGGAGGUUGGCCAAAGACUACCUGAAACAACUGCAUAUUGCUUGGAUACAUUUUAUGGAUUUUGAUAACCUUUUUUCUCUGAAUGUAAUGUAAUGGUUGUUUCUCUGGUGUGAAUGAUGGAAUCCUUUAUUCCAAUUGACUCAAUGUCUACAGAUCCAAAGUCUCACUGUAAAAAGUGGAGGAAAAUUUAGUACUGUGAAAUUUUCAAAGACACAACGGCUAUGUUAUGAUACUCUGUGAAGUGACUGCUGUUUCUUUUUCUCCUUUUUUGCUCAAAUCUUAUUCAGAUCUGUUGGGAAAUAGGACAAAAAUGUUGAAUGUGAUAUUAUUCUGGGUAUAUUCCUUAAUAUAUCAGAUAUUAAUAUUAAAUGGAUAUUUCUUGCGAUGACUUAAAUAAGGAAUUUGGUUAUAGAGGUUUGAAGCACUGUUAGUCUGAUGGGGUUACAUGAACAUACAAUGAGCAUGUGGGUCAUUUUGAAGCUUGUUUAAACAUGGGAUAUAGAUCUUCUGGCCACAAAAUUGCAAUGGUUUAGGAAUUAAAACCGGUGGUGGAAACUUGCCCAUUGGGGUGACUGGCCACUAUUUGUACAGUUAACUGUAACCUUUUAAACAAGAUCGAUCAUGCACACUUAAAAAUUCAUACUGAUCUUGCAAAUCCACACUUACUAUUAUAAAUGACAUACAAGAUGCUGUUAAUAUAAUCCUUAAAGCCCACAUAUAAUAUAUUCCCCAGUGAUUCCCUAUAUUAUGGUAAAUGUAUAGACUAUUGUAUACUGUGAAUUUUUUUUUUUCUUUUCACAACUCUCAUUAACCGCUAUGAGAGCUCCCCAUCUUUAAUUUGUGUCGGUUGGGUUUCUGAAGUUAUUUGAUGUAAAAUAAGCAGCCUGUAUGUAUUAUUAUCCACUUUAUGUACAUACAUACUAGCGAAUAUCAGGGUACUAAAGACAACACUCUGGCUAUCUCUAAAUGUUAUGAUUUGUUAUCUAUCGAGAAAUGCAGUGCCAUAGUCUUGUAUCUGACAAUCAGAGAAAAUUGAGAGAAAUCAGAUACAUUAAUGACAUUUAAACUAUUAUCAACAGUUUACAUUUAAUUGGUAUGACAGAGUCAUACUAAAACUAAAGUAGUUCCUUAAGUAGUUAAUGUAGUUGAGAUUGCAGGUUUACAUUAUUAUUAGCAGUGAAUAUAUUUUUUUAUCAAGUGGUUGUAGCUAAUGCAUCUGAUUAUAAUUAGAUAUGUGUUCUUGUUUAUUUAUUUAAAACCUGGACUUUCAGAGCUCUCUGCUUUUUUUGUUAGUCAGCCAGCCAGCUGACAGACACUUAACAGUGAGUUUUGAGAACAAUGCAAACAUUGGAUAGUUUUAAAAGCUUUAAAAGACUUUAAAUGUGUUUCCCUAGAAAUGAAACCUGGCAACAUAUCUUUAAUCUGUAAAUAUCUAGUGUUAGAAUGGAAAUCUUGGCUAAUUCCCAGUUCGCAUGCCUCUCCUACUGUAUGUGUAGUCAUAAAAUGGUCUUAUUGCAGCAUUAGAGAGCCAUUACAACCAACAACCAUGAUAUUCUCGUGUAGCUCCAAAGUUUAUGGAAAUUAUUGACCUAAAAAGCACAGACUGAUGUAUAUUUUGAACAUUCCCUUGAAAUAGUAUGCAUUGUUGACAUACACUAAUCACACUUAGCGUGAUUUGAGGGACUCUAAUCCUUAUCUCAUGUACUUUAUUAUAUGACUAGCAUGCGUAUUGGGAUUUAGCCAUUGCUAACAGGUCUUCCUUCAUUCAUAACUGAGCUCUCAGGCCUUAUUUUACAGCAUUGUCCACACAUUGCCCUCUGCUGUGCUGGAGAGCUAUUUCUUGAGUAAUAAAAGUGGGUUUUACGUGUAUAUCUAGAACAGACCCACAGGUGCUUAAAGUGCAGGACAAAACUGACUGUAGCAAAACAAAUAAACACAUUGGAUUCUCACUGGUCCCAUCCCCACUAUACUGAGUCAUUGCCAAUCAUUUCAGUGAGCAGGAAAUACCCGACAGAGCCUUAUGGGUCAUUUAAGUGUAGAAAAAGCAGUGUUUCUCUGGGCGGAGGGGUUUUCUGGAACUGUACAUUUCCAUUGGCUGCUUGUGCAUUGUGUGCCUUGUCUGGCUCAUGAAUGUGGGCGUUUAACCACUCAGCCUCAAUAUUGUUUUUUUCACUGUGAUUUUAUUUUCUUUUUUCUUAAUGGCUUCAAAAUUUCAGAAUGGAAGCACUUUGAGUGUAAGAUUUUAAAUAUUAGCCACAGAGAUCUGAAGCCUGAAAACUCAUGUGAAAAUAAGCCUCUUAACCUCUGUGUAUCUUCACUUCUGUCAGCUGAUUGUUGAUUUUUAUGAGAUCAUCUUAAAUGUCUGCAAUCAUGAUGAUCUGCAACUUAAGUGAAUGUUAUUAAUUUCAUUAAAUAAUAAAAAGAAGUUGUUUUACAUCAGCACUUCAACUGGUGUAGACCGUUGCAUGGUGGUCUCUGAACUAGGAGUGUUUGUAAACACUUUGUUCUAAGCUACAGUACCUCUCUCUUUUCAUUUCUCUUCACACACACAAGUCCACAUCCUUUUGUGUUCUCUGUACUGGUAAGCUGCAUUAUACUUCUUGAUCUGCUAUAAUAAUUUCCUAUAAUAAUAUUAAUUUCCUGUUGUAGGCCCCUACAGGUAGAUCAAAUUUAUAGCUGAGCAAAUUGCCACAAGCAGUAACACUUGAGAUGUCUUUGCAAUUAAUCAAGUGUGACAUUACACAGAAGCACAAUGUGAUCAGAAAGUUCUGCGAAGCAGCACGGAACUGAUGUGUAGUUUUCUAGAGAUUGCAGCAUGCAGUUUUGGCAUUAGCUUUUUGAAUUUCAAAGUCAGUGAUUUUGUUCAGGUUGAAGUGACUUUUCUUUUUUUUUACUGUUUUAGUGUUUUUUUUAUUUCUUCUUUUCUGUGGUAUGUGGUCUCUUAAAUACACAGUGGAAGAAUUAUUAUGUUUUUAGUUUGUUUAAAAGGAUGAUCACUUUUCAUCAGGUGUUUCUAUACUUGUAUUUUAUUUUGUAACUGUGAACAUGUGAAUACUUGAAAUCAAACCCAUGAUGCAAAAUUAAGCUUUAGUGUAUGUGUACUGAGCUCAGAAUUACGUGUGGUUGUAUGUUUGUGAGUGUGUGUGUGUGUGUGUGUGAGAGAGAGAGAGAGUGAGCGUGGUCUGGCUUCAAAACGUUUAUGCG